CGCGGCGGGAGGCAGAGAGAGAAGGAAGGCGGAAUGCAGGCGGUGCCCGGGACCAUGGCGGCCCGGCCCUUCAAGCUGAGGAAGAGUUUCGCCACCCGUCUGGAAGAAGUAGCAGGAAUCCGGGCGAAGUUCCCAACAAAAAUCCCGGUAAUUGUUGAGCGAUACCAUAAAGAGAAAUACCUUCCUCUCCUGGACAAAACCAAGUUUCUGGUUCCCGAGGAGCUGACCAUGACACAGUUCAUAACCAUCAUCAGAAGCAGGAUGGCUCUAACUGCUACACAAGCUUUCUACCUUCUGGUGAACAACAAAAGCCUAGCCAGUAUGUCUUUGACAAUGGCAGAAGUGUACAGGGACUACAAAGAUGAAGAUGGCUUUGUGUACAUGACCUAUGCUUCCCAGGAGAUGUUUGGAUGCUUUUUACCCACUGCUCAAGGGAAAACUAUGGAAUGCUUUCAGAAAACUUAAAGUUGGGUCCAUGUGCUGCAGCGAAGCAGUUUGCUAUGAAUCAUGCCUGUGACAUGAACCUUGGAGACGCUCCUUCCACUGUGAGCUCUUGAGCUCUGUAGUGAGGAGUUAUGACCCCAAAGCUGGCAGGACCAGCUUAAGGCAGAAAAGGUGGUACACUUUUCCUAGGUAAUAAUUUGGAUAUAUAUUUUUAUAUUUGAAGACACUAUGGGUUUUUUCUUUUUGAACUGCACCUCCACUUUUCUUGCAAUAUCAAUCUUUGUUGUGUAACUGAUUUUUAAGGUGUCCUUAAAGCCAAGUCUAAGAGUAAAAUAAAGAAGUUUUUUAAGUA